AUGCCUGCUAUCAGCCUGGAGGAGGUAGAACGACAGCUUUUUGCAGCGAAAUCAUGGAAGGCGCCGGGUGAAGACGGUCUACCGGCGAUAGUCUGGAAGAUGACGUGGCCCACGGUCAAGCACAGGGUUCUCGACUUGUUCCAGGCGUCACUGGAAGAAGGCAGGUUGCCGAGACAGUGGAGACACGCGAAGAUCAUACCGCUCAAAAAGCCGAACAAGGAAAACUACACCAUUGCGAAGGCAUGGAGGCCAAUUUCGCUCCUCGCGACGCUGGGCAAGAUACUGGAAUCCGUGGUUGCAGAAAGGAUCUCGCACGCUGUGGAGACACACGGCUUGCUCCCGACCAGCCAUUUCGGAGCCCGAAAGCAACGGUCCGCGGAGCAGGCGCUUGUGCUCUUGCAAGAGCAGAUCUACACAGCGUGGCGUGGCCGACGGGUGUUGAGUUUGAUCAGCUUCGGUGUCAAAGGCGCCUACAACGGUGUGUGCAAAGAAUGA